AUGAACAAAGUACUGUUUUUUAUUCUUAUUUUUGUCUGCUUAACAGUUGACGCAGAUCCUGGUAAAGAAAAAAGAAGCCACGGACACCAUAAGGCUCAUUCGUUUCAACACUUUCACGGACCGGUUCACGGUCAUCACGAAAAAGUAGAAUGGUGGGACAAACACGGUCACGAGCACCACGAUUACGUUGCUCAUCCUAAAUACAAAUUCGCUUACGGCGUCAUGGAUCAUCAUACUCAUGAUUUCCAUGGACAAAAAGAGCACCGCGACGGAAAAGAAGUGCACGGAGAAUACCAAAUUCAUGAACCUGGUGGUAAUGUGCGUAAAGUCAAGUAUUAUGCAGAUCCUCAUGGCGGAUUUUUUGCUGAAGUUCAUAAUCACGGUGGCAACGAUCAUUCUGGCUAUGGGCGUCGUUGA